AUGUCGCAGGGAAAUGUGCUCUCCCAUACGGGUGCACGCUUCAUGCUUCCUGUGGACACCACCCGAGCCAUGCACGAGGAAUACGAGGAGGUUAUCAUUCCACCUGCGAGGCCAGUACCGCCACGAUCCACCGAACGUCUUAUCCCUGUGUCCGAGUUAGAUGAUCUAGCGAAACCCUGUUUUCCGGGCUACCAAACCCUCAACAGGAUACAAAGUAUCGUCUACCCGACAGCGUACGGAUCGAACGAAAAUAUGCUCGUCUGCGCCCCUACUGGUGCAGGAAAAACUGACGUCGCGAUGCUUACUGUGCUCCGAGUCCUCGACCAGCACAGGUCGGGCGCAAAAGGCGCACCCCUGCGCUCCACAAUCGACCGCGCGAAGUUCAAGAUUAUUUACGUGGCACCGAUGAAGGCGCUCGCUGCGGAGAUCGUGCGCAAGCUGGGGAAGAGGCUGCAGUGGCUGGGAAUCUCGGUUCGAGAGUUGACGGGUGAUAUGCAGCUUACGAAGGCGGAGAUUGCGGACACGCAGAUCAUCGUCACGACCCCGGAGAAGUGGGACGUUGUAACUCGCAAACCCACAGGAGAGGGUGAGCUAGCGUCGCUCCUGAAGUUGUUGAUCAUCGAUGAGGUUCACUUGCUGAACGAUGAGCGAGGCGCUGUCAUCGAGACUAUCGUCGCUCGAACACUCCGGCAGGUUGAGUCCAGCCAGUCCGUCAUCCGCAUCGUCGGUCUCAGCGCUACAUUGCCGAACUAUGUCGACGUAGCCGAGUUCCUUAGCGUUUCCAAGUACAAAGGUCUUUUCUACUUCGACUCCUCCUUCCGUCCAGUCCCUUUGGAACAGCACUUCCUCGGCAUCAAGGGCAAGCCCAACUCCCCGCAGUCGCGCAAGAACCUCGACACCGUCGCCUUCAAGAAGGUCUCCGAGCUUGUCGCGCAGGGUCAUCAAGUCAUGGUUUUUGUUCACUCUCGCAAGGACACGGUCAAGACGGGCAUGAUGCUUUCAGAGGCUGCCUUGAAGGAAGGCGUUAGCGACGACUUCCUGUGCACGGAGCACCCGAUGUAUGGACGGUUCCGCCAGGAGAUUGGCGGGUCGAGGAAUAAGGAGAUGAAGCAGCUGUUUGACAGCGGGUUUGGUAUACAUCACGCGGGUAUGUUGAGGUCGGACAGGAAUAUGAUGGAGAGGAUGUUCGAAGCUCGUGCAAUCAAGGUACUUUGCUGUACGGCUACUCUUGCCUGGGGUGUCAACUUGCCGGCGCAUGCAGUCUUCAUCAAGGGCACACAGGUCUACGACAGCUCCCGCGGCGCCUUCGUCGACCUCUCUGUCCUCGACGUGCUCCAAGUCUUCGGUCGCGCCGGCCGUCCCGGCCUCGAAACCAGUGGUGAAGGAUACAUCGCCACCACCGACGACAAGCUUCAGCACUACCUCGAGGCCGUCACGUCCCAGCUGACCACUCGUCGUGCUAGGUUUCAGAAAGGGAUCGUGGAUUCGCUCAAUGCAGAAAUUGCGCUGGGAACGGUGGCCAAUGUGCGCGACGCGGUGCAGUGGAUGGGAUACACCUAUUUGCAUGUGCGGAUGCAGAAGAAUCCCUUCGUUUAUGGCAUUCCCGGCGACGUGCUUGCGGACGACCCCUCGCUCAGCAACAAGCGUGGAGAGCUAGUCACAGCCGCGGCGCAGAAGUUGGCGAAUGCACGCAUGAUCGCCUUCGACCGCACCACCGGUGGGUUUACCAUCACUGACCUGGGUCGCAUUGCUGCGAAGUACUACAUUCGCCACGCCUCCAUCGAGAUUUUCAACAAGGAGUUCAAGACUAAGAUGUCUGAAGCCGACGUUCUCGUCAUGCUCAGCAAGAGUACCGAGUUCGAACAAGUCCAGUCGCGAGAGACUGAAAUCCCAGAGCUCGUCUCCUUCAAGGACCUCAUCCCCUGCGACGUUCCAGGACUUAUCACCAUAACUACCCAGGACAAAGUCAACAUCCUUCUCCAGGGAUACAUCUCGCGGCUGCCUCUCGACGACUUCGCCCUCAUCUCUGACUCCGCGUAUGUUGCGCAAAACGCCGGACGUAUUGUCCGCGCACUGCUGGAAAUUGCAGUCAGCCGGAAGUGGGCGACCGUUUCUGCGGUGCUGAUGGGUCUAAGCAAAGCCGUGGAGAAGCGAUUAUGGCCCUUCGACCAGCCGCUAAAGCAGUUCGAUCUCAAGCGGGAUGUACUGCACAACCUCGAGCGAUGGGCCGACGCCUAUGCACCUGCUGACUUCGUUGAGAUGACCGCGAAGGAGAUUGGCGAACUCGUACACCUGAACGAAAUCCACGGCAACGCAAUCCUCAACGCCGCACGCCAAUUCCCCACCGCCUCCAUCACCUACGAUCUCAAGCCUCUCGGCGUCGACGUCCUCCGAAUCGCUGUGCGCGUCAAGCGCGCCUUCGACUGGAAUGCACGCCUACACGGAUCCAUCGAGCCCUUCUGGCUGUGGGUCGAGGACCAUAAUGGAGAAACCAUCUUCCAGAUCUGGCACCUCGCCUUCCGGCAAACGACAGACGUGCUGAACGUCGAGUUUGUGAUCGCUAUUCCGGACGGGCUGCCUCCGCCCUCAGUGACAAUCCGGUUCGUGUCUGAUAGGUGGAUCGGGGCAGAGGAGGAGAUCCUGGUACCCUUCGACGACUUGGUGAUGCCAUUCCCUACCGGGAGCCAUACGCAGCUGUUGCCGCUGCCGUACUUGCCGCUGAAAGUGGCCAGGCAGCCGCGAGUGGAGGAGCUGUUCGCGCACCAUAUCCACCAGUUCAAUGCGAUUCAGUCGCAAGUAUUGUGGAGCUUGCUGAACACCAAGUGGCACUCGCUGCUCUGCGCGCCGACGGCUGCUGGGAAGUCGACGAUGGCGUACAUUCUAGCACUGACUGCUGCGACUGCGAAGCCGGAUGCCUGGGUCCUCAUCGUUGCGCCCAAGAAAAGCAUCGCCGCUGAGAUUACCGCAGAACUAAAGGAACGAAGCCAAGUUCUUGGCGUGUCUGUAGAGUCGUACGCUGGGAUGAACGUCCUCGCACGACCUCAGAAACCGACCAUCAAGGUGGUGCUUGCACGGGAGCUACUCAUGGCGAUGAGGCGCCACGAUGCGCGAUCUCCGCUCACUGGACUUGACCUCGUCAUCUGCGAAGGCCUGGAGCUACUUGACGCCUCAUACGAACUCGGCAUCUCCCUCCUCAGGCAUGCCACGCAGACCGUCCCGACGCGGUACGUUGGAUUGUCGGGGUCGCUCAACGACCCAGGCGACCUGGCUGCUUGGCUGGAUGCGGACCCAGCCGGUGUUCACAGCUUCCGUCCCUCUGACCGCGACCAGCCGUUGUCGGUUCACGCACAGACGUUUACCAUCCCGCCUUCCGCUGCCUUAUUCAAGGCGAUGGCCAAGCCGGCAUUUGACGCCAUCGAGUCUGCACCAGGUGAAGCUGCCAUCGUCUUCGUGCCCUCGCGCGCACAGAUGCGGCCCGUCGCGCAGGAUCUCAUCACGUACGCGGCGCUUGCGAAGGAGACGGACCGCGGGUUCCUGCCUCUGGACGUGUCACAAGAGGUCCUUGAGGAUCGACUCGCCCGCUUCCAUGACCAUACGCUGGCGGAUUUCAUCAGUCGCGGUGUCGGAUUCUUCCAUGACGGUGUGCAUCGGAUAGACCGGGUGCUGAUGCUCGAGCUCUUUGCGGAAGGUGUGUUGCGGGUGUUGCUGGUGCCGCGCGAGGCGGCGUGGGCACUGCCUGUGCGAGCGGGGAGCGUGCUUGUGCUCGGGACGCAGUAUGCACGCGCGGAUGGGGGUGGACUAGCGGAUUACGCGCUGCCAGAGCUGGUCCGGAUGCAGGGGCGAGCCGUACGACACCGAGGGUCCGGGAAAUUCCAUCUCUUCUGCGCGUCGGAGGCGAAAGACACCAUCUUGCGCUUCCUUGGUGAUGGUCUGCCUUUGGAAUCGGAACUUUUGGACCAGCGACUCCUGCAAGACUGGUACAACGAACGGCGUUCGCGGGGUGACUUGCCAGAGAAGCAGCACAUUGUCGAUGCGCUGUCUUUCACAUUCCUGGCAAGGAGGGUAGCGACAAAUCCGGUGUACUAUGGAGGAGCACCAAACAAGCGAGAUUCCAAUCUGUCGCGGAUUGCGGAUAGCUUAGUGGACACGUACUUCGAGGAGCGUAGAGGAGAGGCAAGUGCGGAUGGACCUCGGAACGAGCAAGGAUAG